CAUCUUUCUUAUCCCAUUACCUCAGAGGAAAUAAAAUAUCUUGAAUCUUAGAGAAGAAGGAAAAGAGAAGAGAAGAUGACGACCGAGAAGAAAGAGAUGGAAGUGGUGAAAGGUCUAGACUUGGAGAGGUACAUGGGCCGUUGGUACGAGGUUGCUUCUUUCCCUUCCAGGUUCCAACCCAAGAACGGUGCAGACACUCGCGCCACCUACACCCUUAACCCCGACGGGACCGUGAAAGUCUUGAACGAGACGUGGGACGGAGGCAAGAGAGGUUUCAUCCAAGGCUCAGCUUUCAAAACCGAUCCUAAGAGCGACGAGGCCAAGUUCAAAGUCAGGUUCUACGUCCCUCCUUUCCUCCCUAUCAUUCCCGUUACCGGCGACUACUGGGUGCUGUAUAUCGAUCCUGAGUACCAGCAUGCCGUCAUUGGCCAGCCUUCAAGGAGUUAUCUCUGGAUCCUGAGCAGGACGGCGCACGUGGAGGAAGAGACAUACAAGCAGCUGGUGGAGAAGGCGGUGGAGCAAGGGUAUGAUGUUAGCAAGCUUCGCAAGACAGCUCAGAGUGACACACCACCCGAGUCCGACGCUGCUCCUGACGACACCAAGGGUAUUUGGUGGAUCAAAUCUAUCUUCGGCAAAUAGUUACCUGACACAUUAAAAGACUUGUUUCACCUCCUUGUACUUGCUCUGUCUAUGUAAUAUACUACCCCUUUUGUUUACUCCAGUAAUGAACGUCCUACUUUUGUUGGUUUUUAAACAUCUAAAUCUAUUUGCGUAACAGA